AUGGACGACUACAACGUUAACUACGACAUCAAGAUUGACAGCGUGAAAUCGACAAAGGACGUCAACCAGGAUGCCAACAAUAACGGUUUUGGUUGGCACAUUAUCUCGGACCCCAUGAAGACCGGCGAACUGUCAAAGCCGUAUGCACCGACGAAUCCGACUCCAGCAAUUGCGGUGACAUCUUUCUUGGCCAACCCGAUCGUUAAGCGCGGCGAUGAGAGGGUCAAAAUUCGCAUCGAUUACUCGACCGAUCCGGGUUAUUGGGCGGAAAUUGUUGCAGCUCAGCCCGGCAUUUACAAACGGCGCAUCAAGUCGCGCUCCGAUUUUGAGGUGGUCAAGCGGGAGAUGCAAGAGGAGGUGGACCGAAACCACGAGGGUUCAUGGCCCGACUUUUUGGAUCACAAGUUCUCGCUCGACAGGCGCUCGACACCCGAGCAUGAGCUGCAUGAACUACAUGCACGCUGGUUCUCAUACGAUCUUGCCCGGUGGAUGGAUCGGUUCUCCAAGGUUGACGAAACAUUCGAGGUUGCUUCUUACUCGGUGAAUGACCGAGUGAGGUGGAACCUCUUUAGCUGGACUCAGAUAUGCGAGCUGAUGGGUAUCCCUACCGAGAUGUACAUGAAAGUUUGGGCUGACCUCGAUAUCAAUGUCGAAACGACUGCUGAGCUGAACUUGAUUGUACUUGCUUUGGUGUGGACCUCUGCUAACCUUGACUACUUACGUACGCAUCAACAGGGCGAUUUCGGCGACAUGAGUUCCUGGAGAGAGUCACACAUGCUAUUUCGAUCCAAAGGCGAGAUCAAGACUACGCUAAACCUUUGGGCCUUUGCAAGAAUGGCCUUCAACAGCGACGAGGUGGAACUCUUUGGUCUCGACAAGUUUGGAGCGACUUUUAGCAUUCCUGGCCUCGUGACAGUUGGGCCCAAUCUGCGGGUCAAAGCUCAAUUAGACGGCGAAGCAACCCUGCACACUGAAGCAGCAGUCUCCCUCAAGAUAGCUGAGUGGGAAUACACCCAGCAAUACCCCAACACCAUGGGUGUGACCCAAAACCCGCCCAAGAAACACUCGGGCGCUACCUCCUUCUUCGACAAGGCCGCGCCUAACGAUAGCGGCUUCCCGCAGCCGACCUUCCAUGCCGAUGUCGACGCCCACGGCUAUCUAACCGUGACCAUGAAGCCGGUCGUCUCGUUUGGACUCACAUGGGCGAUUGACGUUCCCGACGUUUCGGCCGAACUAGGCAUAGAAGCCUACGCCACUAUCCACGCCGACGCCCAAGCAAACGUCAACAACGUAUUGGACUUUGCAUGCGGCGGAGCAGACGAUCAUCCCGCAGACAUGCUUGGCAUGGGAACUAUGGGAUGGCGCGCAAAAGUGCGAGGGGUGUCCGGAUAUUAA